CAUUUCGCAAACGAAACUUAACUGAAAAGUAAUAAUACAGUGUAAAUUUCUAUUCCCCAACCAACAAAUUGUUUUUCGAACUCCGAACUAUAUUACAUUUACAAAGUGAACCAUUAUUUCCGGGAAAACAAUCAUGACUAUCACUCCGAACAACACCGCCCCUACCUGGUUCCAGUGGGCCUCAGAACAGGGCUCCUUUUGGGAAGCGGUAUCUCGUGGAAGCAACCUUAGCAAACCUAUUGGCCCUCUAGUGAUGCUGAAAGAAGACGUCAGUGCAACCACAGGAAAUGAAUUAGUAUCUGUUGAAAAAAUGCUCUCUUCGGCCCAAUUGGGACUUCUAACCGGAGUGCUGAUGACACUCUUCUUUCGUCACAAGUUCAAUCGAAUGAAGGACGAACUGAUCGAGUCCAAGGUGUACAAAAGCACCAAAAACCUCACGAUGAUUGACGUGCGACGAUUCAUGUUCAUUAUAAUCACUUUCCUCGAGUUUGCUGUCCUAUUUCCACUCUUUUUCUCCAUAUUUUACGGUUUCAAGUGCUACCGAUCGGUGGUAGCAUGUGUUCUGAAACGACGCCAUGGCUCACAUUUCAAGGGGCUUCUGGACGGAGUAGACGUGGUAUGGGCCAUUGAGCGGGACAACUCCCGUGGCAUGAUCAACAUCAUGGCAUACAUUGAAGAGCCCGUUGGCCUGCCAACUAGGAACUCAACCUGCGCUGAGCUGUUGCUGGUGCUAAGGAAACGCAUAUCCUCCCGGUUGAUGAGAUCGUAUCAAGCUCAUCCGAAAAUGUUCUGGAAGCGAAACCUGGAACUGGGUUACUAUUGGUGGAGUGACCUAUCGGAGCUGACCAUAGAGGAUUACAUCCGCUACUUGGAGUAUGUUCCCCUAGGCAAGGGUGAGCAGUACAUGAACGAUCGGAAGCUACGCAGCAUCAUGAGCGACAUCAACAACCGACAUUUACCGGACGAACAUAGCUCGUCGUGGGAAAUCCUGGUCGGCAGACAGCCGCUGUUGGAUAAGCAACGCAACAUGCUGAGAUAUCCGAUCAUCUUCCGCGUGCACCAUUCUCUGGGAGAUGGCGUCGCUCUGCUUCGCCUAUUGCUGGAAGGAAUCGUCGACAAGGAAGUACCCUCCCGUUGGAAGCGGCUCUCCAAUAUCAAAAUGAUGAACAUUGAACACAUUCUCUUGGAGAAAUCACUACUCUCGAUGCCGAAGAAAAGCCUUACGGCGAAAUUUAUCGAAAAAUUCCCCACUCCCCGAAAAAUUUACGAAUGGAAACAGAAACAUCUACGCCUGAUUUGGACCAUCUUUACCGCUCCGGCAUUCUUCCACGAGGUGGUUCAGCGAAAGGUCGACGAAAAUUGCAUCCACGCAAGUGAGUUGUCGAACCGAAAAGUGGUCAGCUGGAUUCACGAAGAGGAAACGAGUGGCACCCGGUGGGUAGAGAUCAUCAAACGAACGAAACAGCAAGUCCCAGGGGCUAGGUUCUCCGAUGCGUUCCUGACGGCCCUGUCCAGCAGUCUGCAGAAAUAUUUCAACCAAAAAUCCGAUGAAAUUCCGAGUAAUAUCACCGUUGUACUACCAACUCGAAUUGAGAGAGAAUCUCCCCAGUUGAAACUACAUAACCGCUUCUCGGUGGCUCUUCAAACUUUACCGAUCGCUUCAGGAGUCGAUCUUCAGGAACCCAACCGCAUGCAAAGCCUUCUCAACCGCCUGAGUGAUGUAAAGCAGCACUCGGAUGUUCUGAGGUCUUCGCCAGACUACUUGAUCAACUACUGGAUCAUGUCAACGGUGGCAUGUCUGUUCCCAGAUCCAAUCCUGCGUAAGAUCCUGACAAGCGCACACAGCACCUUGGCGAUAUCGAACCUUCCGGGACCACAGCAGAAACCGCGCAUCAACGGUCACGAACUAAAGAACCUCAGCUUCUGGAUACCGAACAUUGGUCAAACGGCCGUUGGCCUAACGGUGCUCACUUACGGUGGACGGUUGCAGCUGGGAAUCCUUGCCGAUCGGGCAGUGAUCGAUAAUGAAGACGAUGCUCACUCGAUUCUAGUUGAGACGAUUGCCGAAAUCGAGCGGAUGGGAGUGGUGCUAGAUGAGGCUUGAAGUCAUCCUCCGGUAAUUGGUGAACAUUGAAAUUAUAAGACUGUCACGAAUGUUGAAAUGAUCGAAUAAAUUUUACUUACACUUUUGGUUAAA